AGCUCUGCCACAGACCACAAACAGAGCCCCGAUCAUCAUUCCCAAACCAAGAUGAAGACUUGCUCUGCCUUCUCACUGCUACUGAUGCUCUGCUAUCUUUGCAGAGCUCAGAAACACAGUGGUGACGAUGACGUCUUGCUUCAAGCGCCUAAUGUUGAGAGUGGGGAAGAGGAACAAGAGUCGGUGCUUCAGGCUGACAUCUGGGCUGAGCUGAGGAGUCUGAGAGACAUGGUGCUGGUGCAGCAAGUAGAGCUGAGGCACCUGACAGGCAGAGUAACCGCUGCUGAGAGCCUGGUGGAGGCCUUGCAGAGGGACAAUACAGCAAUGGAGGCCAGGAUGACGGCUGCUGAGAGGUCAGCAGAGGAGCUGCAGAUGGAGAAUGAUGCUCAAGCUAUAGAACUUGCAGUCACUCAGCAGAAGCUCACAGUCAGUGAAGGCCGGGUGGAGGAGCUGGAGACACAGCAGGAAGCUCAAGCUACAGAGCUUGCAGUCAUUCAGCAGAAGCUCACAGUCAGUGAAGGCCGGGUAGAAGAGCUGGAGACACAGCAGGAAGGUAAGGACUAG